AUGGUGAUUUCACAGUGUUACACUCCAAGCCUUGUGGAAAAGGAUCCCUUCGACCCGUCACUCGAAACCAGCGAGACCAAAGAGAAUGCCGAGGAUGUCACCCAGUUGUCGGAUAGAUCUCAUCUGUCCCUUCGCGCUGUUCGGCCGGUCGACGUUGAAGUAAAUGAUCUUGCGCUUCAUGUUGAUACUACACCGUCAAUAUUUCAGAGCCCGGCAGCUGCAAUAUGGAGCCGUAUCUCUCCUUCGAAGGGCCGGACAGCUUUUAAAACGAUCCUUGAUGGCGUGACUGCUAGCAUGCCCCAUGGCACUCUCACAGCCAUUAUAGGUGGCAGCGGAUCUGGAAAGACUAGCUUAUUAAAUACCAUUGCUGGUCGCAUGGGUACUAGCCGCAUGAAGGUGUCUGGAGGUGUUACAUUUAAUUCAAAAGGAACAACGAACGACAAUCGAAGUGCAUACUUGAUGCAGCAGGAUGUCUUAAUAUCCACCUUAACAGUGCGGGAAACAUUUCAGUAUUCCGCAGAUUUGAGGUUGCCGCCGCCUACGACUGCGGAAGAGCGACAUGCUGUGGUUGAACGAGUAAUACUUGAGCUGGGCUUGAAAGAGUGCGCUGAUACCAGGAUUGGUAACUCAUCACACAAAGGAUGCAGUGGUGGCGAGAGGAGGCGUACAAGCAUUGGGGUCCAAAUGCUUGGAAAUCCUUCAGUUCUGUUCUGCGACGAGCCGACAACAGGGCUAGAUGCAACAAGUGCCUACCAGGUCGUUAGAAGCCUGAAGCGACUAGCUUUGGAUGGCCGGACCAUCAUCAUUUCCAUUCACUCUCCUCGCUCAGAGAUCUGGGGUCUGUUCGAUAAAGUUGUCCUUCUCUCCCGUGGAUCGGUACUUUAUAGCGGCGAUGCAGACGAAUCUGUUGUAUACUUUGAGAGACAGGGGUAUUCUAUACCCCCUUUCGUUAACCCCGCGGAGUUUAUGAUAGACUUGGCGGCAUAUGACAACAGGACGCCUGAGGCUGAAUUAGCCUCACAGGACAGGGUUGAGAGCCUUAGAAUAGCGUGGAGUGAAGCUUCGAGAAAGAAACCCAAGAAAGGCGAACCAACCUCGUCGGAUAGGCAGCCUGUCACUGGCAGGAGCAUACAUGAGGGCGUCGGUUUUACUAGACAAUUUUGGGUUCUGACCGCAAGGACUAUUAAAAUGACUAUUAGAGACCCUAUGGGAAUGACAAGUUGUCUAUUUGAGGCAAUUGGCAUGGCUGUUCUCAAUGGCUGGGUAUAUUUGCAGCUUGAUGGGUCCCUUACAGGUAUCCGAUCGCGGCAAGGAAGUUUAUACACCGCAAGCAGUCUCAAUGGGUAUAUCAUUCUACUUUACGAAAUUUUCCGGCUUACGACUGAUAUACAACUCUUUGAUCGUGAAAGGAGCGAAGGGGUUGUCGGUGUCCCCGCCUUUCUGCUUAGCCGACGGGCCGCGAGACUGUUUCUAGAGGAUCUGCCAGUGCCUAUUCUAUUUUCAACCAUAUUCUACUUUAUGGUUGGAUACCGACUGGCGGCUGCGGAAUUCUUUGUUUUCCUGGUACUAAAUAUACUCACGCAGUAUACGGCAAUUACCUUUGCUGCUGUCUGUAUAAGUCUUUGCAGACACUUUCCCGGGGCGAGUUUGGCUGGAAACCUGUCUUAUACCCUUCAGACGGUAGCCUGUGGAUACUUUGUUCAAGUCAAUCAGAUUCCAGUAUACGUCCGAUGGGUAAAAUGGGGUGCCUAUACCUUUUACGCGUUUAGUGCAUUAUGCGCGAACGAAUUCAUUGGGCCUAAUGGCUCUGAGUAUGGGCAGUUCUAUGACUGUCCUUACUCAAAAGACCCCAUGGAUCCCCGGUGCAAAGAAUAUACCGGCCGAUUUAUAGUGGACAGCCUUGGGAUACCUCAAAAUUGGAUUUGGCGUCCGAUCGUGGUUCUUGCUUCUUUUGCAGUUUUCUUUUAUGCUCUUGCUGGUGUGAUUUUGAAAUUUAACAAAAUUGACAUCAUUGUUGCUCAACCACGGAAUGCAGAAAAAGAUCACUCAGUAGGCAAGGAAAAAUUUGUCGCCCGUCCUCAAGCAGAUAGUCGCCAGGUAUCUAUCAAGCUUGAGAACUAUUCUUUGGAUAUCAAAAAGCGCUUCCUUACUCGACAUGGGUUUCAGAUGAAGAACCUGAGUAUCAUCAAACCUAUCACCGCGCAGUUCGAACCGGGCAAACUCAACGUCAUCAUGGGCCCUUCUGGUAGUGGUAAGACGUCACUACUUUGCUCAAUCGCAAACCGGUUACAGGGAUCUGUCGGCACACGAUACUAUGUUGGAGGUGAUAUGUUAUACAACGGUGCGAAGCCUUCAAAAGAUGUCGUCAGAUCCGUUACCUCCUUCGUCACACAAGAUGAUGACGCCUUGAUGCCUUCGUUAACUGUUCGAGAAUCACUGGAGUUUGCUGCCGGGUUACGUUUACCGACGUGGAUGUCAAAGGAUGAGAAGAACCGGCGAGCGGAGGCAAUCUUGUUGAAGAUGGGCUUGAAAGACUGUGCAAAUAAUCUGAUUGGAAGUGACUUGAUUAAAGGAAUUAGUGGGGGUGAGAAGAGGCGAGUUUCUAUUGCUAUUCAGAUUCUUACGGACCCAAAAAUUUUACUCCUUGAUGAACCGACAUCAGGCUUGGAUGUCUUCACUGCUACAUCUAUCAUUGAAGUCUUGAACGGGUUGGCAGCGGAAGGUCGGACCCUUGUUUUGACAAUCCACCAGUCAAGGUCGGAUAUUUUCCAAUACUUCUCCAACGUUCUUUUGAUAGCAAGAGGGGGAUAUCCAGUUUAUGCUGGCAGUGGCCCAAAUAUGCUACCUCACUUUGAGUCACUUGGAUACGAAUGUCCUCGAACCACCAACCCAACUGAUUUUGCCCUUGACCUCAUUACUGUGGACUUACAGGCAAAAUCAAAAGAGACUGCUACUCGUGCCAAAGUACAACGUCUGAUCGAUAACUGGGAAGUUAGUCCUCAUGAAGGUAGAGAAGCAGAGGAUUCCAUAAUUGCAGUGCCAGCGGAAUUGGGUAGCCUGAAAAGAAAACCCACUGCGUUUCCCACUAUGUUUGCACUAGUCCUCCGAAGGUCAGCAAUCAACUUAAGAAGACAACCGUAUCUCCUUCUGGCACGUACUAUGCAGGUAAUUGGUGUUGCAAUAAUCAUGGCAUUGUUUUUUGCGCCACUGAAAGAUGACUAUGCGGCCGUGCAGUCAAGAAUGGGAGCCGUGCAACAAAUCACAGCCUUAUACUUCGUUGGAAUGCUUCAAAACAUUGCCAUCUACCCCUACGAACGCGAUGUGUUCUAUCGCGAGGAAAGUGACGACUGCUAUUCCACUGAAGCAUUUAUUUUACAAUACACUACACUGGAGGUUCCAUUCGAAAUAAUAUCGGCACUAUUAUAUGGUAUCAUCUCUGCCUAUGCUAUCGGUGUUAAGCGGACCGUGACCAUGUUAUUUAUCUCAUCAUUCAACGCCUUCUGCAUUACGAGUUGCGGGGAAUCACUCGGAAUUAUGUUUUGCACUCUCUUUUCCCACGUUGGGUUUUCGGUCAAUAUUACCUCCAUUGUGCUAUCUAUAGCAACAGUCCUGGGUGGCGUCAUGAGCCUUAAUAUUCCCUCGGUUUUGCAGGCUGUAAACCACCUUUCUCCGGUUAAAUACUCUAUUUCCAACUUGGCACCUUAUUCAAUGCAUGGACGCACAUUUACUUGCGCUGACAAACAGCGUCUCCCCAAUGGGCAUUGUCCAAUUGAGACAGGCGAGCAAGUACUGUCGCUCUAUAAUUUAAACAAGGACCCAAAGAUCAACCUUGUAGCCCUUGGUAUAUGUGUGGUCGGCUAUAGACUGGUUGCAUAUACAUUAAUUAAGGUCGUUCGAAGCCGUACACUUUGGAAAAAUAUGCGGGAAAGAUUGUCAAAAGCCCAGAGGAACACCAAGGACCCUGUGAAGGAUAGCAAAAGUACUUAG